GCAUGUUAUAGCAUAGACAAUACAUUAAUGGCUUGCCCACUAGCCCAUCAACAGGGCCGUCUUGGCCCUCUGGGCCACAGGGUAAAGAAACCAUCGACGCUUGCAACGCCACUGUGCCGUCCGCUACCCAGCCGAAUUUUACCCAGACCAUUUAUAGCAAUUCAUAAUGAGGCACAGCGAUUCAGUCCUUGCGCAAGCGCAGUGACGGCGCCCGAACUGGAGCUUGAGAAGGGUGGGCCUGGAACGCAGUAUGCAAAUGGAGCUGUUGCCAAGGUCCCUGUAGAACGCAUUCGUAACUUCUCCAUUAUCGCACAUAUCGAUCAUGGAAAGUCAACCCUGGCUGACCAGCUGCUGCUCAAGACGGGCACCGUUGCAGCUCGCGACAUGGUGGAGCAAUUCAUGGACAGCAACGAGAUCGAGCGCGAGCGCGGCAUCACCAUCAAGCUCAACACCGCGCGCAUGAAGUACCGCUGCCAACGGGACGGAGAGCUGUACGCACUCAACCUCAUCGACACGCCCGGCCAUGUGGACUUCACAUACGAGGUGUCCCGCUCGCUGGCCGCCUGCGAGGGCGCGCUGCUGGUGGUGGACGCCAGCCAGGGCGUGGAGGCGCAGACGCUGGCCAACGUGUGGCUGGCGCUGGAGAACGACCUGGAGGUCAUCCCAGUGCUCAACAAAAUCGACCUGCCGGGUGCGGACCCGGAGCGUGUGAUUCGCGAGAUCGAGGAAAUCAUCGGGCUGGACUGCUCCCGCAUCCUGCGCGUGUCAGCCAAGAUGGGGCUGGGCAUCGAGGAGACGCUGGAGGCCAUUGUGGAGCGGGUGCCGCCGCCGCCCAACCGCACCGCCGAGCCGCUGCGGGCGCUCGUGUUCGACAGCUACUACGACCCGUACCGGGGGGUGGUCUGCCAGUUCAAGGUCAUGGACGGCAAGGUGUCCCGCGGUGACGUCAUCCAGAUGAUGAACACCGGCAAGGAGUACCAGCUGGACGAGGUGGGGGUGCUGGCGCCGCACAAGGUGCAGGUUGACACGCUGUACUGCGGCGAGGUGGGCUACCUGGCAGCGCAGAUCAAGUCGGUGCAGGACGCGCGCGUGGGCGACACGGUGACGCAGAAGCGCCAGCCUGCUGCCACCCCGCUGCCCGGCUACCAGGACAUCCAGCCCAUGGUGUACUGCGGCCUCUUCCCAACCGACUCGGAUAAAUACCAGGACCUGCGCGAGGCGCUUGAAAAGCUGCAGCUGAACGACGCGGCGCUCAAGUUCGAGCCGGAGGUGAACAACGCCAUGGGCUUCGGCUUCCGCUGCGGCUUCCUGGGGCUGCUGCACAUGGAGAUCGUGCAGGAGCGGUUGGAGCGCGAGUACAACCUGGACCUCAUCACCACCGCCCCCACCGUGGUGUACCGCUGCAGGAUGACUGACGGGGAGGAGUUCCCGGUCAACAGCCCCGCCGACCUGCCCGACGCCUCCCGCCGCGAGUGGGUGGCCGAGCCGUACGUGCGGCUGGAGAUGGUGACCCCCACCGACUACGUGGGCAACCUGAUGGAGCUGGCCAACGGGAGAAGGGGUGAGUUCGUUGAGAUGCGCUACCUGACCGACAGCCGCACCACGCUGGUGUUCAACAUCCCGCUGGCCGAGGUGGUCAGCGACUACUUCGACCAGCUCAAGAGCCGCUCCAAGGGCUAUGCCAGCAUGGAGUACAAGGUGACAGGAUACCGCCAAAACGACCUAGUGAAGCUGGAGGUGCGCAUCAACGGGGAGCCCGCCGACCCGCUGUCGGUCAUCUGCCACCGUGACAACGCCUACCGCACCGGGCGACAGCUCACUUCCAAACUUAAGGAGCUCAUUCCCAGACAGAUGUUCAGGGUGCCCAUCCAAGCGUGUAUCGGCACCAAGGUAGUCGCCAGUGAGGCCAUCGCGCCGUACCGCAAGGACGUGCUCGCCAAGUGCUACGGAGGAGACAUCAGCCGCAAGAAGAAGCUGCUGCAGAAGCAGGCGGAGGGCAAGAAGCGCAUGAAGGCGCUGGGCAAGGUGGAGGUGCCGCAGGAGGCCUUCAUGGCCAUUCUCAAGAUUGACCGGGAGGCGGACGACUGAGGUUGUCGUUGAGGAGGCGGGCGCGUUGGGAAGGGAGUGCAGCGACGGAGGCCAGGUAGUUAAAAAAACUUAAAAUCAUUGAGCGCGGGCUUUGGGGUUAUACUGGGAAAGGUGAGGGGUAGGACGGUAUACGGCCUGGUGCAGGCCGAAGUUUUGUGCUAGGCAUGAACGAAUUGGGCAGGGAUGUGGUGUCAAGAGAGACGAGAGCAUCGAGAGUUGGGAGAGCGAGGUAGGGAGAGUGUGAGCCAUCCGGGUGUUUCUCUGGGUUGUUCCAUAGGGGCCGCAAGCUGAUACACUUCACGGAAAGGGUGUGCUGGAUUGCAACGAGUGUCAAGUGCGCGUUCCAGGUGACCGCAAUUGUUGGACUGCUGUGUGAAAGUACCGUACUGGUUAACUGCAGACCGGGUGGGGGAUUCGAUUGGCAAGUCGGGGCACGGGGACGAGCGGCUGGAUGCCUUGGAGGGGCUCUCAAGGGUACCUGUGGCUUGGCGUGGCACGAGUCAGGGAGUGGCAGUAGCAUUCCUGUUUGGCACAGUGGCCGACAUAGUGGGUCGUUGCAGUGCCCGCUUUUCCCACCUGACCCAAACUGCCCCACGAAGCCACAACCGACAUGUCGCAUCCAGCUACUCACCUUUCGCACUCAUUGCCUCGCCUUCCCAGCCAAGUCCUUUCCUCCUCCGCCUGCUGGUAACCUAGGGGCAGGCAGAGAUGAAGAAAAGAUGAUGUGCUGUAAUGCCAUGGUGAAGAA